AUGCAGGCAGAUGAAUGCAUACUGUUCUUUGCCAUUCUGGCCCCUCCUACAUUCUCCCCUGCAUCUGCAAGCCAACCGCCUGAGCCCGCCAUACACCUUAUCAAGAUGAGCAAUCUGUCACCCAUGCCACUGACCGAUCAGAUAGCAGGAGUCUUGGAGCUCAUGUUCUGCCGAAAGCUCCAUCUGGCCACUCAUGCAGCCCAUUCUGCGCCAUCUAUAGAAGUGCCUCCGUCCAUGCCAUCCGCCCUCCUAUUGGAGUGCAAUGGCAUUGCAGAUGCUCUUGUGAAGGCCAUCCGUAAUCCUGUAAGGCUGCAGUGGGACAUUGAUAGAUAUUGCGACAGCCUUUCGAUUCAGCCCACGGGGCAGAAUGAAGUCCUCGAGGCAGAACUGGAACGGAAGUGGCCUCCUCCAUUUGGUGAGAGCGAAAUACACAUAGACCAGCCCGCCACCCUCGUGGACAUGCACGGACGCAUCUUGGCUUGGAUACUUCCAAGAGUGUUGAUACCAGACCGCCAGACGAAGAUGCUCUAA